UUCAUGCAGCCGGAGUACUGUGAAUUUGGGAUCAGCAGCUGCAGCUGGAUGCUGGGGGUUGGAAUAAUAGCGGGAAGUACGCCCCGGCGUUUGUCCAGUGCAUCCCCGGCGUCGUCUUUUAAAAAGACCUCCCUUUGAAGAAGAAAAAGCAAGCAAGCUCUCAACAGCCCACGGGGGGGGGCGGCUGCUGAGGGGGACGGCGAGUCUCUCAUAAGCAAAGGCGGCGUCGCCGCAGUAGAGAGUGUGCGAGCGAGUGGGAGAAACAUGCGUUGUUGAAUCGGCCGUCGGGAAGAAACAACACAGAACUGAGUGCUAAACUUCCACUAGAUUUCCAGAGUUGGAUUUUACAUUGUGUGAAAGAUCACAAGAAACAUAAAAGUAACAGGUAUUGCUAUGUGGAUACUUGUUAGCAAUGACUGAUGUGGAAUCUACAUAUGCAGAUUUCAUUGCUUCUGGAAGAACCGGGAGAAGAAAUGCCCUUCACGAUAUCCUUGUGUCUUCUACAAGUGGGAAUUCUAGUGAACUAUCCUUGAAGUUAUCAGAACUUGAUAUAAACAAAACUGAAGGGGAAGGAGAUGCACAGAGAAAUCCCACCGAACAAACUGGGGAAGCCCAGGGGGAAACAGCAAAGCAAGAAAGCUGACACCACAUUUUGAUCGACAUCAGAAACUGUGGGAUGUUUUCCAAUUGCAAGAACCUGUUGGGAAAAAUGUGUCUCUUGUGAGCAAGCUGAUUGAACAACAACAAAAAAUGGAUGUGUCUCAUUACUGGAAUCUGCACAAUCCAAUGCUAAAAAGGGCAAAGGAGGUUGCAGCAGCAGACAGAACUUUCUCUACCUCUGUUAGCAAUGGUUGAGACUUGGUUGCUGAUUUCGAGACUCUCUCGAUAUGGAUCUCCUCACAAAUGACCACUUGAUGAAAUGCUCGUAGGAAGUAGAACAAACUAGAUCAUGUAACAAAUGGCCUUCAACCCACCAGAGGCUUGAAUUGCAUUGUAUGACAAUGGCUUCAGUGAUCUUCAGAGGUUGUCUGACUAGAGUGUUCACCUAUUAAAAUCACCUGUAAAGGAAGCACUGGUUUUUUUUUUAAGAACUCUGCUUCUGUGUUUUCAGCUCUAUUACUUACAACGUUUUAUAUUGUACAGUUUAGAUGCUCCACACUGCCCCUUCUCAAAAUGCUUCUGAAGGCAACUUCUGUGACUGUGAAUUUUUUACCACUUGUUUUGAAAGGGCUAGGGUUUUGUUUUUGCAUAGUGUGCUGGUGUGUGCACAUGAUAAAUUAUACAGUCAGCUAUUAAUUGAAUGAAAUUGCAUUCUUUCAUUCACAAGAACAAUGUACAAUGUAAUUAACAUAAUCUGGUGUCUUGUGUUUUCUCAGUAUAAUUCUGUCACUUUGCUUGUAGCUGGUUGGAAAUCCAAGUUUUAAACAGGAUCUUUUCUUUAAUCUCAUCCUUUAACAAAGUUUUUUUUCACUUAAAAAUUAAUGUUAUUAGUACUGAAGUUUUAAGACCAAACUUAUCAGUACAACUUAAAAAGGAGAAAUGUUAUGUUGGAAGCAGAUGAGAUGUAGAGAAGCCCCAGAAAUAUGUUAAUACCUAUGUUCUGAAAUGAUACAUAAAUUUAUUACAGUGUUUAGAACGGGAGUCUCACAUCUCAGUAGCUGAGAGUGGAGUUAAACAUGAGUAUUCCCGUGGCAACCAAUCACAACAAGUUUCCCGCCGAAAUAUGUUUGUUUUCUUUAUUAAAAAAAAGUGAUGUCCUGUUUCUUUUUGUUCCAGAUGUUAUGCACUUUUAAAAUGUUUGUAAACUUUACUACAGGAAUAGUGUAACUUUGCUUUCCAGUAAAUUUGAACGUUGAUUAAUGAAACAUCCUUUACUGUUGUGGCCAUGGCUGUUUCUACAAUAUAAACGUAUUGUGGUUAGUUGUCACUUAGAAUUUUUUUUGUGUGUGAGAGAUGUGUAAAUUCUAAUCAGUAUUGAGCUCAGUAAUUAGUGUUGAAUAAAUAACAAACCCAGCA